AUGAACCAGAGGGACAUGCGGCCAACGCGGCUGGGGGUGGUGCAGCAGGUUGUCGGCAGCUUUCUGGACAACUUCUUUGAUCAGAACCCGAUUUCUCAAGUCUCUCUCGUCGAGCUGCGUGGAGGGAAGGCAGAGAAGCUAACAGAGCUCUCGGGUAACAGCAGACAUCAUAAGAAUAAGUUGGAGGAGCGCCUUGCUGCGCAUAGGAGUGCUGGCGCGGGCAUGCCCUCCAUGCGUGCAGGCGUCGUAUGGGACAAGAGAAGUUCUUAUGAUGUACGGAUCUUUGAGCUCAUGCGACCGGGGGGACAUCUUUCAGACUAUCGUUUGAAGUCAGCAGGAGUUAAAGUGAAUAUUGUUGGUAUGGCCGCUGAGUUGUACGUGGCGAGGGCAGUCAGCAAGAGGACGGGAGGAAGCUACAGUGUGGCGACCCAUGCGGUUCAGGUCAGGGACAUGGUUCUCAAGCAUACGUCGCCGUCGCCGGUGGAGGAAGGAGAGGGCGGGAAGGAGAAGCCAGCGGCAGGCAUGUGGGUUGGUUUUCCUCGAAAGAGCUACGGAGCUCUAGGGGGAUGGCAGUGUCCUCGCUGCAUGGAUGUGGUGAAGGAGAUUCCAGCAGACUGCGGCCUAUGCGGCCUGAAGCUCCUUUCCUCCUCCCACUUGGCCCGAAGCUAUCACCAUCUCUUUCCCGUCCAGUCCUUCCAUGAGCUCGAGGACGAGGAGGGCCCGGCCACAUCGACCUCGACAUGCGGCGGGUGUGGCGUGCUGCUCGGCAAGGAGUCGAAGCAUGUGUUCUGCGGCCUCUGCGACGGGUUCAUUCACGAGAUGCUACAUGUCUGCCCGGGGUGCGAGGGCAGAGAAGCAGAGGCGAGCUGA